AUGCAAUCUGGUACACGUACUGGCGCCAUGCUGGGGGACCUCCUCAAAGAGGUUCCCGAGGACGCCUCGCCACGCGUUCCGUGGCCCUUUGCCAAUCCGCGCAAACAGGUUGCAUUGGAGAACAAAUUUUUCGAGGAGGGUGCCACCAUUCACUUUGAGAGAUUACAGCCCUUGCAGAGCUGGGCGGGCCUAUCGGGUUUGAACAUGCAGAUGCGCACCAACUUUGUCGCCGCCAACGUCGUCCGGCUCGCGUCAGAGGCCAACAUGCGCCUAACGCAGACCGAGAUCGACAGCAUCGCAGAAACGAGCGCCAAGAACUUCAAGCGCGGCGCCUGGGCCGCUCCGACGGCGGCGCUCUUUGCCGGUGCCGCCUUCUACCACGGAAGGGCGGAUUACAAGUUUCCAUUUUUCAAGCCUGUUGGUCGGGCGUGGUUUCACCCACAGGCCUUUCCGACAACGCGGUGGACGAUUUUGAGGGGAUCAUCUGCGAUACUGGUAUGGCAUGCGGCCAGAUGGUUGGCAUACUAUCCGCUGUUCAAGUUCGCCACAACGAUCUUCUACUCUUCCAUCAUGAAGAUGAGCAUAGCCGCCGAUGUAGUCAAGGAUACAAGACUGGCCCGCGUACAAGAUGCCAUACUGCACCGAAUUAGCCCAAACAGCCCGAGAGGGCGAAGAGCACAGCAAGCGCACGACCAAAGUCAGGCGCAUGUGGGACAAUCUGAAUCUGACCAAAGAGACGAGACCUACCGUCGAGUUGGUCUGCCGCCCCCAUCACCUGAAGAGAUGAGACGAUUUCCCCGUCAAAGUCAGACACCAGCAACUGCCUCUUCGGGACAAGGAGAUGCGCAAAGCCCAGUAGACUGGGCCUCUACUGAGCGUCAGCAGGCACCAGCACCGUCGCAGAGCAGCCAGUCAAGCUCAUGGGGAGACUCGGAACUCUUCGACGAUGAUGCGUCUCCAGUUUCACUGGCCGCUCGUCGUGCUGAACAGGCAGGUUCGGCCGCGCAACAGUCUGCCCCCGGCGUUUCCUCCUGGGACCAAAUCAGACGGCAAGCCAAGUCUGCUACUUCACCUUUCAGCAGAGGAGAUCGGUCCGGUCAAGAGACCGCAUGGAGCAAAGUGCAGCAAGAGGCUUCAACGCCCGACAGGGGCCGAGAAAGGGGCGGUUCAAGUGACAACUAUUCUUACUCGGAAACAGACGAGAAGAGCCAGGCCCAGAAAGACUUUGACGCCAUGCUCGAGGCCGAGAGAAAGGGGGAAUCGGGCAGCGGAAGCAGGUGGAGGUAG